CGUCUCGUUGCUAGGAGACGCGCGGGCAGCCAAGGAAAGCGCCGCAGUUGGCCUCCGCAGGCUCAGCCGCACCUCCGGAGCGGAGACCUCCUGCAGCUCAGAGCCGAGGGCGAGCUGCGCCCGGGCCCGGGCCCUCGGCCGUGCCGAGCGCGGGUAACCGGGUCGCCGGGCGGGGCGGGCGGUGGCCUGGGCCGGGCUGGCCCGCCUGCUGCGGCUCCGCGAGGGGUGGCUUCUCCUCGGGCUGAGAUGCGGGAGGCCACCCCGUCGCGGGGAGGUCCCGUCUGGGUGCGCGGGCUGCGCGGCUUUGGAACCCAAGGCUUCUGGGUGCCGCCCCAAGCGGUCGGGAAAAGAACGCUGCGCAAACGCGGUUGAACGGCCCCGCAAGUCCUGAAAGUAGCUUACUCUUGCUGUGCUCGGUCUUGAAGGGCGAUGAGAUAGCCACACAGCUUGCAAGGAGGCCUCUUCUCACGUCAGUCUGUCACAGGCCUGGGUGCCACGGAACCUGGACACGUGGAGGGCAGUGACCGGGACGUCUCCACGCAGCUAAAAGUAGAAGAAGAAACCAUCGCUUCCCGGCAAGAAAAAAGGGAAGAGAGGGCGAACUCUGAUCAUACUUUCUGUUUUUGAAGAAAAAGAGACAGAGACAGUUUUAAAUACAAUUAUAUGAAAUACUGGUGGAGUAUUGAGACAUCUACUGAGGAGUUAUAAAUAAGAGUAUGUUUUCAGAAAUGUGCAAGCUAUUACCUGGAACACCAGAACUGGUAUACAACUUUUAGGAAAUAAUUGCUCAUUGAAGCCUCUGUAGCCAUGGCUAGUUCUGACGUGAAACCCAAAUCAAUAAGUCGUGCCAAAAAAUGGUCAGAAGAGAUAGAAAAUCUGUACAGAUUUCAACAAGCAGGAUAUCGUGACGAAAUUGAGUAUAAACAAGUGAAACAAGUCUCCAUGGUAGAUCGCUGGCCGGAGACGGGCUAUGUGAAGAAACUGCAGAGGCGGGACAAUACCUUCUAUUACUACAACAAGCAGAGGGAGUGUGAUGACAAGGAGGUCCACAAAGUGAAAAUCUACGCUUACUAACCUUUCUCCUUCACAGCACCUGGAAGUUCUAUCUUGAGAAUUCACUCUUUCCACUCUGUAUCAUGGAAAUGUUUGUCAUUUUACGAAGAUGAUUCAAAAUGCAAUCUUCAGUGUAAUGUUUCGCAAUCCAGAAACCAUGGAACUUGGUAUCUCUGAAUCAUCCCGUCAUCCUGCCCUGUUCUAAAGUAUAAUUGCAGAAGUAUUAAAAGUUAUAACCUUCUUGA